UUGAAGCCAUCACGACAGGCACGAACCAUCCACAUUUCACACACCUCUUAGCUGUAGCACAAUUAUCGCUAUUGUCGCGUGAAUAUUGUCAUCUGUACCAGGGUCUCAGCUCUAAAGCGUACGGGGGCAAUAGCCAUAGAAGGCUCUUCACGUGUUGGUCUAGCUCCCUUUUCCGCGGCAUGAGAUGACCGUCGAGGUCCUGUAACACACAAUGGAACGAUCAAAGCCUCAAGCCUUCUUAUCGAGUUAUGCGCCGCGACUCCGCGCUUACAACAACUCCCUUCUCACGCCUGUUCUGCCGAGUAGCGCGCCCGCCGGCCCAGUUUCGAGGACCACUAAACGAGGAACGACCAUCAUCAAUUAUGCCGAAGAUGGUUAUGAUGACUUGGAAGACGAUAGCGACGACCCGCGUCGAAGACCAACAGGACUGCGAAGCUUGCGCAAGGAAGACUCGGCCAGCAGACUCGACCUUGCCGACAAGGUUGGCAAAGAUACUAAGGAGCCAGUCGAGGUACAGGGCAUCUGGCGUGAUUGGAUCGCAAAGCAUAGGUUGCUUCGGAGCGAUCAGCAGAAUGCCAUUCAAGCAACACUCCCUCUUACUCUGAUUCCGAUUCGAAUCGAUCUGGAUGUUCCUGCGUUCAUCCCCCCAGCCCCAUAUCCAACGCCAAACCCUAACACGGUGGACACCUCACUCCCUCAGUACCGUCAACAGGAGGCGACGGUGCCUUAUAAGCUUCGAGAUAUUUUUUGCUGGAAUCUUCAUGAAACGCUCAUCUCAACCGACCAAUUUGCCCAGACAUUGGUGCAGGAUCUGGAUCUGCCAAAUCGACAAGCCGCCAUCGCUGAGAUCAGCAAGCAAAUCCGGACACAGCUCGAAGAAUACUCGGGUGUCGCUCUCCACCCUUUGUUCCAUAGCGAUCAGCAAGCCGCCUCUGCCCCGCAACCUACGACGACCGCGUUGACGCCACGACCAAGCUUUGCGCUCAAGUCUCGGGAUGAUUCUCCAGCGUCCGCCAUCCGUGGCCCUUCUCGGCCUGACACACCAGCGCAGACAGGAGGUGCGGCAACUCCUUCACAAACGCAGGCUCCUGAUGUCACUGCAGAGGCGACACCGAUACUUCCCGAUUCAGACGACUACAACCCCGACGAUACCUACCGAUGCAUCAUCAAUUUGAGUCUUAAUCUAGCGUCCAUGCUCUACACUGACAAGUUUGAGUGGUCUCUUUUACACCCCCCUGGCACUGCUGAGGCAUUUGCCAAGGUUACUUGUACGGAUCUUGGAUUGACAGGAGAGUGGAUCCCGGCCAUGACCCAUGCCAUAUAUGAGGCUGUACUGCGGCUGAAGAAGGAAGCAUGUGAGGCAGGUGGUCUAGUUGCCGGAUGGGGUGGUCUACAGCAAGAACUGCCAAAUGAUGCCGCUCACGGCUCGGAGGCUGGCUGGAGAUACGAACCGGAACAUCUCGGCGAUGAUUGGGAACCCAAGGUGGAAUUCCUCAGUAAAGAGGAGAUUGAGAAGAGAGAAGGUGACCGCGAACGUGAGGUUCGACGGUUGCGCCGUGAGACGGCACGGUUCAGCUCUACGACAGGUAUGCUUGGAGGAACACCUUUUGGGGCACCGAUGGAGGUUGAGGAAGAGAGAAUGGGUCGGGGCGAACGAUCUAAGAAGAAGCGUCGUUUCCGAAGCUUGAGCCCGCUUGGACGGGGCGGUACACCUGGAGGGCGAGGCACGCCUGAUGUUGGUGGCUACGGGGGAGGAGGUGGUGCUCUGACAGACCAAGAGAGGUUCCAGUGGAGGUGUAUGCACUGCAGGAUAUGGGGCACAAGCGUUUGGGCUGUUAGGGACGGCCCAGCAGGUCCAAGGACUUUGUGUGCCAACUGUGGCUACCUCUACGAGCGUGAUCAGAGACUACCUCGCCAGAACAAAAACCUCCAUCUUCCAGACGUCCGCGUGGUUUAGGAAACCUCAGAGGAGCAAAACCAACCGGUAAAAACCUCAAACUCUCAACUGAAGAAACCCGCAAUGCGCCGUGUAUGAGCAAUGGACGGGCGAGCCGAAAGCAGUCCCUGGCCCCUCACAUAACGACCUAAUGGAAUGGGAUAUGCCCUGUUAUCGGAGUGCUAGGAGAGAGAUAGUGGCGAAGCAUGAUGCUGAUAGCCAGUAACAUUUGGGAGUCUUCGUUUUCGCGAGCAAAAGCUUUUUGGGGGCGGUGGAAUUGGAAGGGAUGAUUAUACGGCGUCUAGGGAGGAUUGGGAUUCCUCAAGCGAACGAUACUUUUUGUCGUUGAUAAUUGCCGGACGGAUGGAGGAGACAGGGAGAGGCCGUCGAAUUAUGCUAUGCAUCCUUGUAGUAUUCACGAAUAUAGGUGGUGUUUCAAGGGGUGUUAGUGAUACCUCUCUGGAUACUAUUGCAUGCUGAAAUAUAUUCGGUUACUCUU